AAAAAGAAAAAGAUAAAAGAAAAAAAAACUUAAAAAAAAACUAUGAUUGUAAUGUAGUGAAACAUGAAUGCGAUUAUAUACUCUUUAAAUUUAUAAUGAAUUGGUAAAAAAAGCUCUUUAGAACCUAAAAAACACCAGAACUCAAAUUCGAGUCGUGAAAGCUAGAAUAAUAUCAUUCAGUGACAAUCUAAAGUUGCACUAGAAUUCUGUGGGUAUAUUUAAUUUAGAAGAAUAUGGAGUCAACCGAAGAGUUGCAGUUCAGUGAUGAUGAAGAAGAAGUAACAGCUGAGACUGUUUUAAAAACACUACAAUGUGCUUGGCAAAAUGAAAGAUUGUCCCCAGAAAUACUCCCUCAUCAAAAUGACAUGGUAGAAUGUAUGUUAGGUCAAAUACAACACAUGGAAAGAAACAUAAAUAAACUUUCAAAAACUGAUUUGAGAACUUCUAUACACAAAAUGGAGAUUAGCAGAAUUAAAUUUAUUAUUUGUAAUUAUCUUAAAACUAGACUGAAUAAGAUUGAAAAAUAUUGCAUUCCAAUACUAAACCAAGAAAGACAAAGAAUAGAAACUGAUACUAAUUACCUAACACCAUCAGAAUAUAAAUAUGCUCAAGAAUAUGUUUUGAACAUGGAAAAUCAUAUGAAAAAUGUGGUAUUAAAUAAAAUGCCUGGUAAUAUGCAAGUCUUUGAAAUGAACAAAAUGGCAGAACAUCCUAAUUUACAAACGCAUGUAUUCCUUAAAGCCAAUGAAACCAUUAAUGGGGUUGUAUUAGAAGACUUGACUGGUGAAGAUGAAGAAAUUGACUUAGAAGAGGGCUCGCAGCACAUCUUGCAAUACAAACCAAUUGCAGAUCUUUUAAAGAACGGGAAAGUCACAUUGUUAUGAUAGUAAAUUUUCUGUAAACACUUUGUAUUUCAUUUAUUUUUAAAACAUUUGUAGCUAGUUUAAUAAAUUAAACAAAAUCAAUUUUUACUUUCAGUUUAUUGUAAUUAACAUAAUAAAUAUACAAGGUAAGUACACAAUAAGUACUGAAGUAUUAUAAUCUCACAAAAUUUAAAUAUAUUUCAAAGUUACAAUUACUACUUAUGUAAGAAUAGACAGUUGAAACAUUAAAAAACUACAAUGUAAAUUUAUUUGUAAUUAUAUCACAAUAUUUUUUCAUAAAGCACUUAUUUAUAUUUAAGUUAAAUCUGACAGCUUA